GGUAAGUGAAAACAGCAAAUAAGUGUUACCAAGAAAGCUAACGAUGUCCUACCUUUGUGUAAGGAUUACUGGUGAUGAUUACGACAGAUUGGCGAAGUCGAAGAUGCCUGCCCAGCACAACACAAGGCCAACAACCACCUCCAUUGUGAGAGCACAACUCCAAGAAGGCGCCGAUGCAGCCGAUGCACUUGGACGGGAUGGUGGUGGGGUUUGGACUGGAGCACCAGAAAAGGAAUCACCAGGCAUUUGCAACGAAGGAACUGAACCGGGAGAAGGCCAGAAUAAAGAUGCAGCGGAAGUGUUCAGAGAUGGCUCUGUUUGUGAAGAGAUUGAAGACAUGGUCGCCGAAAGAGGCACCGCACCUAUGGAGGACACGGGCGCGGAAGCGUUCAGAGAUGGCUCAGCUUGCGAAGAGAUUGGAGGCAAGAUGGCAGACAAAGGCACCGCAAAUACAGAGGAAAUGGGCAGAAGGUUGUCGGACGGUGGCGCUGACGGCAUUGGUGAGGAGGAGGACGAGAGUGGACUCAGAGAGGGAGACUCUACAACAUCAGGGUCAAUUUCUGCUAUCCACAGCUCGGCAAUCGCAGCUCUAGCCCCUGAGGCUCCCCCAGAGAUAGACCCCAUGAUCUGGAUUGAGGACAGGUAUUGGAAAAUCCCCAGGCUGUAUAGGGAUGGUGGAGUCGCAGAGGAAUUCUGGGUGCGCCUAAUUAACACAUGGAGGAAACCGCCAAUCCCGGACAGGCUGCCCCCUGAUCGGUGGGAGGAGAUCUCGAGGCAGCCGCUGUUCGGGAAUAGAUGGAUCACAGACAGCCACGGCCAGGUCAGGCGCAGCUCAGACUCCCCAUGGAAAGGGUGGAUCAAGCAUGGGGAACUACGGGUGGUGGACCUGUGGGAUGCAAAGGAUGGGGAAUGGAAGAGUGCAGAUAGGAUGAGGCAAUGGCUGAGGUACUGCCAUCGUACAGAAGAAGUUUUGGGAGAAUUGAUUGAAAGCUUCGCUUUGGCAUGGUACCCCAUUUUAAAAAGGGGCCGGGUACUGAAGGAAGCAGACUUGGUGGGGCUCCGUGGGGACCCAGAUUCAGUUGGAAUGGUGCAUAUGCUAACGAUGUCCUACCUUUGUGCAAGGAUUACUGGUGAUGAUUAUGACAGAUUGGCGAAGUCGAAGAUGCCUGCCCAGCACAACACAAGGCCAACCACCACCUCUAUUGCGAGAGCACAACUCCAAGAAGGUGCCGAUGCAGCCGAUGAGGCCGAUGCACUUGGAGGGGAUGGUGGUCGGGUUUGGACUGGAGCACCAGAAAAGGAAUCAUCAGGCAUUUGCAACAUAGGAACUGAAGGCGAUGAUAAAGAUUCAGCGGAAGUGUUCAGAGAUGGCUCUGCUUGUGAAGAGAUUGAAGACAUGGUCGCCGAAAGAGGCACCGCACCUAUGGAGGACUCGGGCACGGAAGCGUUCAGAGAUGGCUCAGCUUGCCAAGAGAUUGGAGGCAAGACGGCAGACGAAGGCACCGCAGAUACAGAGGAAAUGGGCAGAAGGUUGUCGGACCGUGGCGCUGACGGCAUCGGUGAGGAGGAGGACGAGGGUGGACUCAGAGAGGGAGACUCUACAACAUCAGGGUCAAUUUCUGCCAUCCACAGCUCGGCGGUCUGACCCUGAGUUGCGACAAGAAGAGAAAGAGUGUCGGUGCCGUAAUUUGCCACUGCCAACGACCUCCCCACAACGGAGCGGUCAGGAUCUUUGAACCUGACAUUAGUGUUUUCGGCCUUGAUCACCUUUCCAUUCGGCAAAUCAAACUCCACCAAUUGCACAAAGUGUUCAGUAAAGCCGGUAUUAUCCAUGUAGAUAUCAACGCCCACGACAAGGAAGUGAUCGUCCGGUAAAUAUGUGGCCAUCCUAGGGAUAGCGUAAUAGGUUUUAUAAGGUACAGCUCCAGCGAGGGAGGAAGCGUUGCCGCCAAGAAGGACCUCUUCGUGCUUCCGGUCGAGUCCCAGCCGGAGCACGGUAGAAUUAUCUAUAUAGGGUACAGCUAACGAGCUCCCAUCUGUAGAAAGACCAAAACCUAUGCUCUCCCCGGUAGGAGCCACAAACGGAUAGCGGACUGAGAUUUUCAAAUUCCUUAAGUCAACUUCAAUUAUGGACAUUAGGGUCGCAACAUACAACGUGUCUUUCACCUCGUCGUAAACCAUGGUGGAGGACGCAUCGAGAAUCUUGUUUGCACAUUUCCUCGGCAAAGACGAAGCAUUGAGGCGA